AUGAGCAAUCACACAACGAUGAAGGAAUCCCUCCUCCUGGGAUUCUCAAAGGUUCAGGAGCUACAACUGGUCCAUGCCAUCCUGUUCCUCCUGGUCUACCUGGCGGUCCUGACGGGAUAUCUCCUCAUCAUCGCUGUCAUGGCCCUUAACCAGCACCUCCACACCCCCAUGUACUUCUUCCUCAAGUACCUGUCUAUCCUCGAUCUCAUCAUUAACGCAGCCACCAUCCCCAAAUCCACAUUCAACAUGUUGACUGAAAUCAAGUCCAUCUCUUUCUUAGGCUCUGGUGGCUCUGAACGUUUUCCUCCUGGUUAUCUGCUCCACCUCUUAAUAAUGAUUAGGGAAUUUGUUAAACUCUGA